AUGAUUCACAGAUUGCUGCUUAUCAACCAGGAGUGCGCAAUGAGCCUGCCCAAUUGUCCAAAUAAAAAUAGUAGAACCAGUGAGCAUCAUACGGGUGGUUUAAUUUCCAGAACGCAAAGUCAUAUAUCGCAGAGGUUCGAAGAUAGUGCUCAAGAUCAAGAGGAAGUGCUAAAAAUUAUAGAAUCCCAUAAAGAAGGUGUCGAGAACGUUUUAUCUCGUUAUGAGACGUAUUCGAAAAAUUUGGGACCCGUUGAAUCUGCAAUUGAUCAAGAAACACCCGAGAAAUUCAUUCCUGAUCCCAAUAGUAAGUUACAUCCCGAAGAUAAAUGGCAAUAUCCAUUGGAUGUCGAGACUGGUUUCCGUGUCGUACAGUUUGUAGAAGAUGAUAGAGAGGAUCCUCGAUGUUGGUCUACGAGGCAGAAAUGGAAUUUGACUAUUUUGCUUGGUGUGGUGUGCUUCGCUGUGGCAUUGAUGUCGGCAAUCAUUACUGGUGAUAUGACUUCGCCAGCAGAAUAUUUUGGGGUUUCUUCUAUAGUGAUGUGUUUGUGUGUUUCAUUGAUGGUCUGGGGUUUUGGUGUGGGUCCUCUGUUAUUUGCACCAUUAUCUGAAGAAUUUGGUAGGAAUUGGGUUUAUCAUACUACCCUGUUAGUAGCUGUGGUAUUUAUUGUGCCUUGUGCAGUGGCCAAGAAUAUCGGUACAUUGUUGGCUUUCAGAUUUUUGGAUGGUUUGGCAUUUUCUGCCCCAAUGUGCUUAAUCGGUGGUUCUUUAAGUGAUAUGUGGAGAAAUGAAGAGAGAGGUGUCGCUAUGUCUGUCUUUUCCGCAGCACCGUUCAUUGGUCCAGUCAUGGGUCCCAUUAUUGGUUCUCUAUUGUCGGUAAAAAUUAACUGGCGUUGGCCUUACUAUUUUAUGAUCAUCUUUAGCGGAUGUCUCUACAUCAUCAUGGUGAUCUUUUUACCAGAAACUCACCAUCAAACUAUUUUAAAGAAGAGAGCCAAGAAAUUGAGAAAGGUAACCGGUGAUCCAUCCUAUAGAGCUCUUUCUGAGAUCCAGAUCAGAACCUUCAAAGAAAUCGUCGAGGGUACUCUAAUGAGACCUGUGAUUUUGCUUUCCGAACUAAUUGUGUUCUUAAUCACAUUAUACAUGUCCAUCAUUUACGGUCUACUUUACAUGUUCUUCUUCGCAUACCCAAUGGUGUACAGCGAAGGUAAGAAAUGGGGGGAUAUUAAGACGAGUUUGAUGUUUAUUCCACUAGGAGUUGGUGUACUGAUAUCAACGGCUAUAUCUCCCAUUCUAAAUAAGGACUAUUUGAAGAGAGCCCAAAGAUAUAUUGACAGAGGUGAAGUGCCACCAGCAGAGCUUAGAUUGAUCCCAAUGAUGAUCGGCUCCAUUUUCGUUCCUGUCGGGUUGUUCGCCUACGCCUGGUCCUCUUUCCCACACGUUUCCUGGGCAGGACCUUGCUUCAGUGGUAUGGCAUGUGGUUUCGGCUUCCUAAUGCUUUACAACCCAGCAAAUAACUACAUUGUCGACUCCUACCAACAUUACGCGGCAUCGGGCCUCGCCGCCAAGACUUUUGUAAGAUCGAUGUGGGGUGGUGCAGUGCCAUUAUUCACCAUUCAAAUGUACCACAGACUAGGUUACGAAUGGGCUACUACACUAAUGGCCUUCAUCUCAUUAGCCUGUGUCGCUAUUCCCUUCAUGUUCUAUAUCUACGGUGCAAGAAUCAGGAAGAGAUCUAAGUAUGCAUACUCACCAGCAGCUCCCACGACGACUACCGUGGACGAUGUCGAGAAUGGAAGUGCAGUUAAGACUGAAAAACAUCACCAUUCUUCCAACUCAUCGUGCUCCUCGUGA